AUGGCGCCAAAAGCAGGAGCCUCGUCGGGCGCAAAGGCCACGAAGAAGACUGUGGCGGGGAAGGUGAAGAAGGCGCAGCAAGCUGCUAAGGGCCUGAAGGCGUCCAGCAGCUUCAAGAAGGCUCGCGUCCGCACCAACGUCCACUUCUUCAGGCCACACACUCUGCGCAAGGCCCGUCAACCCAAGGUUGUGCGCCGGUGUUACGAAGCUGCCACGUGCACGUUCCCCAAGCUGGCCAAGACAGACAAGUACACCAUCGUGCGUCAGCCUUUGACGACGGAGUCUGCCAUGAAGAAGAUCGAGGAAACGAACACCUUGGUCUUUUUGGUGGACCCUCGCAGCAACAAGAGGCAAAUCAAGCAGGCCGUUAAGGAGCUGUACGACGUCGACGCACAGAGAGUGAACACCCUGAUCCGUCCUGAUGGAAUGAAGAAGGCGUAUGUGCGCUUGACUUCCGACUACGAUGCCCUUGAUGUUGCCAACAAGAUCGGAAUCAUCUGA